CUCGCGUGAAUUCGUCCUCCAAGAACUUUCAGCAGUCGACAACCUUUAAAGAAUUUCCUUCAUCUGUAUCACAUUUAUUUCUUCACAAUACGGAAAUGCGACAUAUUAUGUCAUGUGAGGAUAAACGGCACGUCUGAAUUCACCGAGGACACCGUCGUUCAUCAUUAAUGUCCUUGCAGUGAAAACAUGUCGGAACCGAGAGUUAAGCGAAUUAAAACUUGCCUUCUUCUUUGCAAAACACACGUCUCUUCUGCUGAGAGUCAGGUGAAACAGAAUUUCCCGAGAGUUGUGGAAGAAAGUCUGUGUGGAGUUUCCACUUUACUUCUGGAGGUCUCCUACAAACUGGAAGCGCUGGGCAGAAUUUUUGAGCAGAGUAAUUUGGCUUUACCCAGAGUGGCUGCAUAUUUUCAUCAGGAAUCAGUGAAAGAGCAAGAACGUGCCGAAGUGAUGCUCCAAUACCUGUCACAGCGAGGAGGAAAGUACUGCAAUAAGAACAUUCAGAGGCCCGGCACUGAACAGGUGUGUGCUGUCCUCCCUGCUCUGGAGAUCAUGCUUAACCAGUGGAAGGAGGAGAUGAGUGUCAUGCUGGAGAUUAAUCAUCUGGCUCAUGAGCACGACGAUCCACACACUGCCAGUGUAAUCAAAAGUCAGUUCAUUGAACCCCUCGUCCAAAAGGUCAAGCUCGUAGGCGACCUCUUGACCAACGCUCGCAGAGUGGGCUGCACCGAUGACAGCGCUGCUGGCUUUGGCGAGUUCCUCAUCGACCAGCUACAAGAGAACCUGACGAUUGCUUAGACUUGUGUUCAUUUAGAAAGCAUUACAGUAUAUAUCCAAUGAACAGCUUGAGAACCAAUUUAUUAUUACUUGAAAAGUAUUUAAAAGUGUCUACUAUAUUUUCCCGUAUAUUUACAGAAGACACUGACUGAUAUGUAACAGUAGUUCAUAUAAAGUUGAAGUCAGAAUUAUUAGCCCUCCUGAAUUAUUAGAAUAAUUUUUUCCUCAAUUUCUGUUUAACGGAGAGAAGAAAUUUUCCACACAUUUCUAAACAUAAUAGUUUUAAUAACUCAUCUUUAAUAGCUGAUUUAUUUUAUUUUUGCCGUGAUGACAGUACAUAAUAUUUGACUAGACAUUUUUCAAGACUCUUUUAUACAGCUUAAAGUGACAUUUAAAGGCUUAAUUAGGUUAACUAGGCAAGUUAUUGUUUAACGAUGGUUUAUUCUGUAGACUAUUGAAAAAAUAUAUAGCUUAAAGGGGCUGACAAUUGAGACCUUAAAAUUGUUUUAAAAACUUAACUUUUUAUAUCCGAAAUAAAACAAAUAAGGCUUUUUCUAGAAGAAAUAAUAUUAUCAGACAUACUGUAACAAUUCCCUUGAUCUGUUAAACAUCAUUUGGAAAAAAUAAAAUCAAAGGGGGGGGGCAAUAAUUCUGAUUUCAACUGUACCAUAUCGUAUUUUCAUGUAUAUUUACAACUGAACUAAUUUCAUGACAUUUAAAUGACUCCUUUAUUUUAUAAUGUGUCAUAGCACUGACCCCAAUUAAUGAUUAAUUUGCAAAUUUGAUCUAUUUUUGCCUCUAUCCUUCAUAUCAGUAUGCUUUACCCAAUUCUCACAAGAUGCAUUUUUGCUAAAGUUUUGCAUUAAUUAAAGGGAUAGUUAAUUAAUUUUAAUUGACUCACUAAUUGCUCCCCCUUAAGUGGUUCCAAACAUUUAUGGGUUUCUUUCUUUAAUGAACACGCUAUUUUGUUGUACAAAUACUGUUGAAGUCAGUUGUUACAAGUUUCAAUGUUUCUUCAAAAUAUCUUCAUUUGUGUUCAAAAGCAAACAGUCAGACAACUUUGGAACAUGUCCCUUUAAAGUAAACACUUUAAUUUGUACUAAAGCUGUAUAAAUAAAAUAUAUAAAUAAUCAUUUCAUGUGCGCACCAAAAUGGCACAUCUUGUUUUGACCUAUGUAACAAGUCCCUCCAAAUGUAAAUACUAUUUAAAUGGCACUUUUUAAUGCUAAUAAAGUUACUGUGCCUUUCGUAAUCGAAAGUCAAAUUAAAGUUUAAAUUUAAUUGUUAUAUUUACAUACAGUGCUCAGCAUAUAUAAGUACACCCCUCACAAAUCUAUCUUUUAAAUUCAUAUUUUUAAUAAGAAGCUAUAUUUUAAUAUUAAUAUAAUAUUAUAUUUGUGCAUAUACAUUAGAUUAGUCAGUGCUGAAGCCAAAUCUAGACUUUAUUUAACAAAAUAACUUAUGAUAAUGGUCCAAAAACUAGUACACUCAAAUUUAUGUUAUAGAAAAAGAUAACACUUUAUUUUGAUGGUCCAUUUAAGGAUUAGUUGACUGCUUAAUAUGUUGAUACUGCUUCUUCAACAGACAUUUAACUGACUAUAAGAAACGUUGCAAGUACAUGUCAACUUAUACUAACCCUAAACCUAACAGUCUACUGCUAAUCUAUUGAGAAUCAGUUGACAUGUAGAUGCAAUGUAACAUAUAUUCAACAAACAGACAAUCAAAACAAAUUGUGACCUAGAAAAAUAUUAAAUACAAAUUUAGAAAAGAGGAAAAAUCAGGUGAAGCUAAAAUAAAAAAAAAAAAUUAAUAAAUAAAUAAUGAGUUGGUUGUACCUUUUUUGCAAUAAUUUGCUUGAAUUUAAUUGUAUUUUAUUUUAAUUUCUAAAUAUAUUUGGUGACUAAAAUGCUAUUUUAAUAAAUAAAUCUGUUUAAUACAUUUUGUUUUGUUUAAAUGCACCAAAAUACAUUGCCAGUAUUUACUGUGAAAUUGAUAAAAAUAUUCAUUUUCGAGAUAGGGUGUAUUAACUGUAUUGUGUGACUGAUUUUAUUCUGCACCGGUUUUAAUAAACAUGUUUACAUGCCA